UGGACACGUCUUCCGCCAGUUGUGAUGAAAAGGCAAACGCCAUUUCCAAACUCCUCACAAAACCACCGAAGCCAAAUUCCAGAACAGAAAAACCAAACUGAAGCCCAGAUUACGUCAUAACUUUUGCGAUGGCCUUAGAGACGGUGAAGGAGGACGAGCAAGUUUACAGCUGGAGAGAAGUGACUCUAUUACCCCAUUCAGCCUCAGAAUCAUCAUCAGGCCUUGAGAGAGAGACCGGCGAGAGACGGCGAGGGCGUGACAUACUCAUAGCCAUAGAUCACGGGCCGAACAGCAAGCACGCUUUUGAUUGGGCCCUCAUUCACUUCUGCAGGCUUGCUGACACCAUCCAUCUCAUCCAUUCAGUUUCCAGUGUACAAAACCAGAUUGUUUAUGAAGCGAGCCAGGGGCUGAUGCAGAAGCUUGCUCUUGAGGCAUUUGAAGUUGCUAUGGUGAGGACUUAUGCUCGAAUUGUGGAAGGGGAUCCAGGAAAAGUAAUUUGCAAGGAAGCAGAAAGAAUAAAGCCUGUGGCUGUGGUCCUUGGUAGUAGAGGCCGAAGCUUAAUUCAAAGUGUUCUACAGGGGAGUGUCAGUGAGUACUGUUACCACAACUUUAAAUCAGCUCCUGUUAUAAUUGUUCCUGGAAAAGAAGUUGGAGAAGAGUCAUUGAUCUAGCUAUUGGAGGUCACGGUAUGUUUAGAACUGUUGUUCCGUAGCUUCUGUUAGAUAACUGCUAGCUUGGAUGUGUGUAUUUUUAAAACUUGGGGUGCUUGUAAGAAUCAACUAAUACCAAAUAAUAGUUACAUGAAACAUUCAGAAUUUCUUGUAUAGCUUAGACAGACUGCUGGUAUUGAUUUCAUUGUUUAAACUU